UCGGCAAUUUGGCCAAUCUUUAAAUCAGUUGGCUCAAGUUACUGCAUACAACCAGUCGGACUUUUUUAUGUGUAAAUUUUGUGAAUCGAAAUCAUAUUUAGUUUUCAUUCCGUUCAAAAAUAAAAAAACGAAUCAUUGUUUUAACAUAAAUCCAGAUAACAUUUGUUGAAUAGAAAAUACAUUUUUACGGCGAUUGUUUUAACGAAACAUUUACAACGAAAACACAUUUUUUUUCGCGAUAAAAGUGACCAAAACUGAAAAUCAAAACAUUAUUUGUGAACACGAACUAAAGCAAUUUUUAAAACAGUCAAACAAAAAGGAUUAAAACCGUCCCAAUCAUUGCUAUUUUAUGCACAAGCCGGUUCAACGUGAAUGAAAAGCGGUCGAAAAGAAGCGUGAAGAUAUUUAGGAUUUUAAAAAUAUUGCGAUUGAGUUAAAUAAAAUAACAAAAUGAACGGUUCACCCUAUGAGUUAAUUCAUACAAAUGGUGAUAUGCUGUCGCAUAAUCAACAGAAAGGAUGGUGGACCAUCGGUUUGAUCAAUGGCCAACACAAAUACAUGACAGCCGAAACAUUUGGCUACAAGUUAAACGCAAACGGAGCCAGUCUCAAGAAGAAACAAAUGUGGACAUUGGAACCAUCAAACACCGGCGAAAGCAUCAUCUAUUUGCGAUCACAUUUGGGCAAGUACCUAUCGGUCGAUUCAUUUGGUAAUGUAUUAUGCGAAGCAGAUGAACGUGAUGCGGGAAGUCGAUUUCAAAUCAGCAUAGCGGAAGAUGGUUCCGGUCGUUGGGCAUUACGAAAUGAAUCGCGCGGCUAUUUCUUGGGCGGUACACCCGAUAAGCUAACAUGCACAGCAAAAGCACCAUCAAAUGGUGAAUUCUGGACAGUUCAUUUAGCUGCGAGGCCACAGGUGAAUUUGCGGUCGAUUGGACGCAAGCGAUUUGCACAUCUGUCCGAGUCACAAGAUGAGAUUCAUGUCGACGCAAACAUUCCAUGGGGAGAGGACACUUUAUUCACAUUGGAAUUUCGUAUGGAUGAAGGAGGACGAUAUGCAUUGCAUACAUGCAACAAUCGAUACUUGAAUUCGAACGGAAAAUUGGAAUUGUACUGUACUACCGAGUGUCUGUUCAGUGCCGAAUAUCAUAGCGGCCAUCUUGCUCUACGAGAUCGUCAUGGCUCGUAUUUGUCGCCAAUUGGAUCGAAAGCCGUCUUGAAAUCGCGUUCGCAAACUGUUACACGUGACGAACUAUUCUCGUUAGAAGAUUCAUUGCCACAGGCUUCAUUUGUUGCUGCAUUAAACUUGAAGUAUGUAUCCGUUAAACAGGGUGUUGAUGUAACUGCCAAUCAAGAUGAAAUUGGCACCGAUGAAACAUUUCAAUUGGAAUACGAUUGGACUGCACGGCGUUGGGCAUUACGCACCACACAAGAUCGUUAUUGGUGUUUGUCGAAUGGAGCUGGUAUUCAGGCAACUGGAAAUCGUCGUUGUGCUGAUGCCCUAUUCGAGAUGGUUUGGCAUGGUGACGGUUCGGUAUCCUUCCGUGCCAACAAUGGAAAAUUCUUAGCAACGAAACGUUCCGGCCAUUUAUUCGCAACAUCUGAAUCGAUUGAAGAAAUUGCCAAAUUCUAUUUCUAUUUAAUCAAUCGUCCAAUUUUAGUAUUGAAAUGUGAACAGGGUUUCGUUGGUUUGCGUACCAACAGCACAACAAAAUUGGAAUGUAACAAAGCAACGUACGAAACCAUUUUAGUUGAACGUUCGGCAAAGGGUGUUGUCUAUUUCAAAGGUCAAAAUGGUAAAUACUGGCGUUUGGAGGGCGAUGGCAUCUGUGUUGACGGUGAUGCUCCUCGUGAUGGUUUCUAUUUGGAAUUGAGAGAACCAACACGCAUUUGUAUUCGACAAACAAAUGGACGCUAUUUGGGUGCAACCAAAAAUGGAACAUUCAAACUGUUGGACGAAGGCCGAGACUCUGCCACACAAUGGGAAUACUAAAUACAUAAGUUUAACCAGAUGAAAUAAACAAUCAUUUUCUUUUGAUGUGUGUAAUUGUAUAUCAUUUGUUUUUCUCCGACAAUUCAAUACUUUUCUAAUUCUUCAUAUGAAUAUUAUAUCAAUUAUUGCGAAUGGAACAUAUUUACUUAAAUGAGCGGAAGAAUUGCAAAAAAAAAAACAAGAAUAAUUCACGUAAUAUGAAAACAUAACACAUAUAUAUAUAUUAGUUGACUUAUAUUCGUUUCGUUUUAUUGACAUCUUCUUUCUAUCACCUUUUUUUUAAAAAAAACAGUUCUUUUUAAUAAAGCAUAUAUAUAUCUAAAUAGAUUUAAUUGAUAUUAACAUGAA